CAGCCUUAGACACUUUCUAGGUCAUCCAGGGAUGUAGUGACCUUGACGGCUGCAUGGCAGUGUACAUAAAAAGGGACCCCGCAUCCGCUCUGUCCACAACUCCAGUGUUAGAAGGCUUCCAGUGUGAAAGGGUUGGACUGAAGACUUGACGACUCCUCAACAUGAUGCUGCAGACAGUUCUACUCGCCAGCAUGGCGACGGUUGCCCUUGGCACCAUCUGCUGCGCUCCUCUGCAAUGGGAGGCGUUCAAAGACUUCACCAGAGUCGACUCCUCGGGGGGAAGGCGGGGCCUGGAAUCCUACUCCUACGAUGCCGCCAACGAAAGGUACGCCCUCAGUGGCAACUACACCGACUUCGUCAGCUCCUACAAGGAAAUCAGGGACUACCGUAAGGGAACUGGUUACCGAAUCAACCCUGAAGCGAAAACGUGCGAGACAUUCGCCGUGUCGGGAAGAUUCCCUGCCAAUUGCAUUCCCGGUGGCGCUGUCGUGGUGGGACCUCUUUAUUACGGAUUUGGCACGGACAGCCUUAAUGGAAUAGCUUACCAAUUCAAUGACACGAGAGGAGAGUUUAAGAACGUCAUGGCCGUUGUCAGCCGCCGGGACUGCGUACCAAUAAUCAGUGCAACCACCAUCCUGCGCCCCGGAAACAACUAUUUGGAAACCAUGGGCUACAACAACAUCUCCCCCGGUAUCAGGGACAUCACCGUCUUCGACCCCCCAUCGUACUGCAAAAAGAGCGUCAUGAACGUGGUCAACAGCAUGUACAAGAUCCAGCGUGUAUAGACAAGUUUUACGUUUCUUUCUUUGUUAUAUGAUGUUGGAAACUCCUUGAUCUCAUUAAAAUCAGAUCUUAGUUCUCGCUACCGCUCAGCAAAGAUCCGAGGUCAUCCCACUACGGGUCACGUCAGAACGACCUUUCAUCCGACCAAUGGCGUCGCUUACCAGAUCAUGAAAGUGACAGUCGGAAUGCGAUUUCUAAUCAUGCAACCUCCAAAGAUUCCGGGGUUUAUGACUGAAUCCAUACAAUCUGGGCAAUCUACCAAGCAUUCCAGUAUGUUCAUUCGUUCAGUUUUCACAUUUGUAAUCGAGAAUUUGUCAAAAUAUGUUUCCUAACACAGUCGCCAGUUCGAAACUAGUGCCGUAAAGCACGAGAAAGCUGCCUUCUGAUUGGUUGAUAUCGAUUUCUUGUCAGUCAUUCCAUUGGUCGGCCAAAGUUUGCGAAAUGUCGGUCUGACAUGACCUGAAAUGGGAUGUCCUCAGAUCUCAUUUUAGCGGUAGCGAGAACUAAGAUCUGAUUUUUGUGAGAUUGGGAACUCCUUCGGGCAGCAAAUGAAAUAAUUGUAGUUGAGAAAUUGAAAUAAAUUUAUGCAUUCUUGA